AUGGUCUUCAUUGACGGAGAGCCCUGGGAGCCUGACUUUGCAGACAGUGCUUGGUUUCUGUGGAAGGGACUGGCAGUGGGAGGGGUGUGGAACGUUGGGCAGCCAGCGAUCGUGGAUAAAGGGGGCCUUACUGUGGGCAGCCCAUACGUGGGGGAGCUGAGUGAGGUGAACCUGUGGGACAGAGCCCUCCCCAGGCUCUCUGUGAAGCAGCUGGCAGCCUCCAGGGACAAAUGGAAGUUUCCUGGGAACGUGGUGAGCUGGAGCCAGUUGGCUGAUGCAAGGUCUGGAGCUGUGGAGAUCACCACAGCGAGCCACAGUGCAGCUGCUGGCUUCGUGUGGCUCGGGUUGCUCUGGCUUGUGGGACACCCCUCAGUCCUGUGCUCGGAUCCAGAGCGUGCCCUGGUCUACGUGGAGCCUGCUGCGGAGCGCUGCCCCAAGAACUCCCUCUGGGGACUGCAGCUGGAUGGCCGACUCCGCAGCCUUGCGUCUUCCUCGUGUCUGCUGGUGGGGCUGGAUGGAGUCUCGCUGGGGUGCAAGUCAGACUGCUCCUCUGAUGGGAGGAGCUCCUUCCGCCUGCUGCCGGACCAGCGCCUCCAGAAUCUGCACUCCGGCUUCUGCGUCUUUCGCAAACCCCGGAGCCCAGGGCUCUUCCUGCAGAAGUGCUCCUCCCAUGCCCUGCGCUUUGCACUAGAUGAAGACGUGCAUUGCCCCCGAGCCCCGGGCUGGAGAUCCAGGAAAAAUAAAUGCCUCCACAUUGUAGCAGGUGCUGCCCUUGAAUGGAGUCAGGCCCUGCAGUACUGCCAGAGAUUCCAGAACGGGAGCCUCCUCACGCUGAGCAGCCCGGAGGAUCGGAGCUGGUUGCAAGAGGAGUUGUCUUGGAGCGUCUGGACUGGUUUGCAUGGCGUCCGCAGGAGCUCUCUGCACAAAUGGGCCGAUGGGACCUCCUUUAACAAGGAUUUGCAGAGCUGGGUUCUCCCGGCAGAGGUUCCUAGUGAAAUGGUCUGUGUCCUGCUGCUGCCGUCUGGCUUUCUGAAGGAGGAGCCAUGCCAGAGACCUCACCGCUGGGUGUGUCAGACCCCGCAGAGGAACAGGUUCUACGUGGAGGUCUCUGGGAAAUCCUUUUAUGGAAGCUUGUCUGCAGAGGGGAGCUUCUCCUCCCUGGUAGCCGCCAAAGCACAAUGCACCUCCCUGGGCAGGGGCUGCAGUGCGGUGGUCAGCACAGCCGGCUCGUACUACCUCUAUCGUGGGACACGCUUUGUGAACCUGGAGGAUCCAGCAACGGACCCAACAGCUGCUGUGCACAUCAAAGCAGGGUGUGUUCCGGGCUAUACGGGGCAGGACUGUCAGUCUGAGUGUCCUGCGUGUGACGCUGGAGUGAGCUGCAACCCCCUCACAGGCACCUGCGAUGGCCUGUUGUACUCCAGACAGCCCGCUGGCACACAGGCAGCAGCAUACACCUCUCUGAAAUGUCCUCCCUUCGCCGGCUGGGUGUUCAAGCAUGGAUCCUGUGUGUUGCUGGAACACAAGGGCAGUCAGCGUGAAGCGGAGCUCAUUUGCAGGAGGUAUCUGGCUGCUGAAGUCCUGGAGAUCAAGCCCGCCCCAGACCCGCUCUGCGGGACCCCCUUCGAAGGCCGAGGUCCUGAGAAGCGCUGUCCCUCGAGCUCCCUCUGGUCUUGCCAGCGAGCAGAAGAGGUGGAGCUGCCAGCUCUUCGGGAGAAGCUGCUUGUUUCCUUCCAGGAUUUUGUGUGGCAGAAACACGCUUCGCUGGGGGCAGCCAAGGACUCCUGCUUCCUGCAGAGAGAGAACUGCACCGGGGUGACACAGCUGCGUGGUGCCUACUACGCGGUGAACGGAACGGUGCUUGUCGACAGUCCUGGCUCCGGUGCCUUCCUCUACGUCAAGUCAGCCUGCUCCCCUGGUUAUUCCGGCGUGAGGUGUGCAAGGCGCUGCCUGCCCUGCCCCGGCACUCGCACCUGUAACCCCCUGAGUGGCCGCUGCGAAGGGCACCUGAGCUGUGUCCGCAGGGUUGGCCCUUCCUGUCUACAUGGUCUCGUGAGCGGGAGGUGCCCUGGAGGAGCUGGCUGGUGGUACUGGGACGGACACUGUUACUACGUGGAGGAGAGUGAUGCCAAGACGUGGCAGCAAGCGGAGGCAGCCUGCAGUGCCUCUGGAGAAGGCAUGAGGCUGCUGGCUCUCGAUAGCCUGGAGGAGAAGGCCUGGGUGAGAGCCAUGGUGCAGAGGGACAGCUGGACUGGGCUGAAUGACCUAGAUGGCGAUGGCAGCUGGACGUGGGCAGUGGCUCAGCACGCAGAUGGUGCUGCCCCCUGGCUGGCUGGUGUGCCGCUCCUUCCGGGAGGCUGCCUGAGCAUCGGAGCCCCGGGCUCCGGUCUUACCGUGUCCAACUGUUCAGGACUCAAGCCCUGGGUCUGCGAAGGAGUGGAGGUUCCCUGGAGCCGCUGCCCCACGGAGCCUGGCUGGAGACACUGGAAUGGUAGCUGCUACUACCUGGACUCGUCCUUGGCCGGCAGCACCUGGCAGGAGGGGCUGCGAAUGUGUCGGCAGUUCAGACAGACAGAGCUGCUGUAUCUGACCUCGCGCCAGGAGAAGGACUGGGUAUGUUCAAACUUCAGGGGUGCCUUCUGGACAGGCCUGAAUGAUCAGACGGAUGAAUCCGUAUUUCAGUGGACUACACGCGAUCCCAUCACCAGGCAGCUCGCGGAGCACUUACGAGACGACCUGGCGGAUGGCGGCCUGAAGGAUUGUGUGUGGCUGGAUACAGCAAGCGGACUUCUGACGGAUGCCAGCUGUGAGGAGAGAAAGCCGUUCAUCUGCAAGUGCAGCGAGGCUACCGAGUGGUUUGUGAAGCAGCCUGGCCGGGGCGUGGUGGGAGACCCAGCAUUCCUACACCCCUCUGCCGAGAGCCUGGAGCAGGCCAAGCAGGAGUGCCUCCGUGAGAGGAGCAUGUGCGCAGCCGUUCUGCAGGCUGGGACAGGCGUCUACCUGAUCAGCUCCAUGGCUGGCAUCAUCUCCCGACCCAACUCCACACUCUACAUAUGGACCAUCUGUGCUGAGGGGUUCAGCGGCCUGCGCUGUCAUAGAUACACUGCCCCCCAAGAGCGACCCGCGUGUGAUUGCAGUGGCAGAGUCCGGGUGUCGGCAGCCCAAGUGUGUGGUGUCCCUGUGCAGAGCUGCAUUGACUACUGUCGCCACACAACGGCCCGGAGCAACUGCUCCCUCUGCCUGCCCCUCUGCUCUGACUCCAGCCUGGGCGUCCUGGACCCCGAGGAGCUGGCUGUGGUAUCCAUGGUGCAGUUCAAAGUGUCACAGUCCCUCAACCUCACCUCGGAGGACGAGCGUGAUCAAAUGAUUGCAUCUAAAAUCAUCUACCACAGCGAACUCCCCUGAGCAAUCAGUGCCUCAGGGAAUGCUGGAAAGGGCAGAGCAGUGACGGCUGCCCAGUGCUCGUCUUGCAAAGGUUCCCCCGGUUAUUCCCUUUCCCAUUCGGUUCUGUGCUGCCGUUUUGUUGUAAACGUGCUGGGGGAAGGGGCUCAAUGUAAAG